CCGCCGCCGCCGCCGCCGCCGCCGCCGCCAUUAUGGCCACCUUCACAGAGGUCCUCGAGUUCCUCCUCACGCCCUCCAAAACCGUCUUCAUCGCCGGCGGCCUCAUCGUCCUGCUCGUGCCAAUCCUCCUCCACCUCUUCAUCACCCGCUCGACGCCGUACACCUCGCUGCCCUCGAUCCUCCUCACCGCGCUCCUCACGCUCCUCGAGCGCGGCGACGCGGGCUCCGCCGCCACCCACACCUCGCAGGUACCGCACUCGGUCGAGCUCACCGUCUCGUCCGAGGCCGGCUCCGCGCCGCUCAACUACCGCGACUCCGCACGCGAUGACGCCCCCGGCUCCCACAAGAAGUUCCUCCUGCUCGACAGCCCCGGCCACCCCAAGCUGCGCAACCAGGCCCUCGCCCCGAUCGCGGCAGCCAGCAGCAAGAGCACUGCCUCUUCGUCGUCCGCAUCCGCAUCCUCCGCGACCUCCCUCCGGGGAAUAGUCUACGUGGUCGACGCCGCCACCCUCGACGACCUCCUCGCCCCGGCCGCCGCAUACCUCUACGACGUGCUCCUCGCCCUGCAGAAGCGCGCCGCCUCGUCCUCGUCAUCCUCGCGCGCCCCUCGCCCGAUCCCGUUGCUCGUGGCCGCCAACAAGGCCGACCUCUUCACCGCGAUGCCCGCCUCCCUGGUGCGCAGCAGCCUCGAGGCCGAGAUCACUCGCGUCCGCUCGUUCCGCAGCAAGGGCAUGCUCGACUCGGGCGUCGGCGUCGACGACAUUGGCUCCGAGGAGAACGACGCCUGGCUCGGCGCGUACGGCACCGAAAAGUUCACGUUCGCCCAGAUGCGCGAGUUCGACAUCGAGGUCGAGGUGGUCGCGGGGAGCGUCCUCGAGGGCAAGGUGGAUAAGUGGUGGGAGUGGAUCGCCGAGCGCAUCUGAUUCUUGGUCUGGUCUGAUCGUGAUCUUGAUCUGUGAGUGGUCAGGUCGUCAAGGUAUACACACGCCUCGGACAGGGCUAGUCUUUGAAAAGAUGGCAGGAAGCAAUCCAGCAAAAGCAUGUAAUGUAUAGAUCAAUAAAAAAACCACGUAUAUUGUUCACGUUUCGACGAUG